UGUUUUUUUCAUAUUUCCAGAUAAUAUAUUAAUAACAGGAACAUAUAAAAAUAAUUAUUUUAUACCAGCCUGUUAAUAAUAUAGGCCUGCCUUUAUUUCCUCUUUCAGGACACUCGACGAAGUACAAGAAAUUGCCAGCUUUGCCAAGCUAAGUGAAUCAGACACCGUCGGCUUAUCACAAUGUCUAUACUUCUCUGAAAAUUUAAAUCCGUCUGGAAUGAAACUAAUGGAAGUCAAUGAUGACCUAUUAAGUAAUUUAAAAGCAGGAAAGAGACUUGUCAUCCGAGGUGAGAAAACAGACCAUGCUGUACUCUGCACUGACAACACCACUUAUGAUCUUAAGUUAGCAGAAACGACAAAUGGUUUACUUCUAGUCCCUGAUGGAGUCACAUCAGACAGUUUUGUUGACAACACUAGGAGCCUAGAACACAAGCAAGUUGCCGGUCUGAUUCAUACAUAUUUCGAACUUAAACCAACUCGCCCGAAACUUAAGAAAGUUCGUGUGUUGCUAGAAGAUUCUGAAUAUGAGGGAGCAGUGGAGGAAGGGGCAAGAGAGAUAACCGGAAAACUAUAUACCACAGACGAUCUACUUGAUAUAGUUCAGGCCAGUGAGGAUGAAAUUUUCCGAGAAUUAGCAAAAAUCCAAGCCUGUACAAUAAAUGGUCAUUGGCGGCUUUUGAGUUUCGAGUACAAAUCACGUGUUAUAGCAAGCAUUCUCAACUUGGUAGAAGAAAAUUCUUGGCAUUUGUCGGCAGUUCCUUUAGACGAAGUUCUAAACACGUUAGACAACUUAGAACCAAGGUGUAUUCUGAAACAUGUCCUUGCGUGCUACAGUGAAAAAUCUAAACAGAAUAAUGAGUCGGAAUCUAUUCUCUAUUCACUUAAUGAAGAUAAAAUAUGUCAACAUUAUGCUGAAGCUUUGCUGAGGAACUCUGGGAAGUUCAAUCUUGAAGAAUUUAUGGCAGCAUGGCAACAGUGUGUACCAGAGGGAAUGAAGACCGACCCAGCCCAACUUAAGGGCAUAGCGUUGGUAGAUAAAACAAGUUUUCCUGAAGUUAUCUUUCGGUACCAUAUUGAUGAUCUUCCUGAAGGAGAAAGAGAAAGGUUCAAUGCUCUCUUUAAGAUGAAGAGAAAAUGGACAAUGGAUGAAAUCAAGCCAUAUGUUGAAGAGUUGACUUCAGAGAAAGUAUCAAUUGGAGCACUAUUACAGAAGCAUGCAAGGGCCUCUACUGGUCCAAAUGGUGUUAAAUAUUUUAACUCUAAACACCCUGUGAAAUAAAAUAAUAUUUAAUAGAUGGGCAUAAAGUCUAUAUUUUUUUCUGUCUUCAAUGAUCAAAUUGUCUCACCUGGGUGAUUCCAUAGAGAGGAGAGCAGGGGUAGAAACGGCCGGGGGCUACCAAAUAUUUCAGAUUGUUUGGAAUCAACACCUACCUCAGCCCCACUGUGAGAAUAUGGUCCCACAUUAUGCAGGUGUUACUCAUAAAUUAGUAUUUUCAGAGUUCUUACAAGUUUCAAUUUUAGCCAACUUACUAGGCUAUUAUUUUACAGUUGGAAAAAAAUUAACAUGCAUUUUGGUUACUUGGCAACCCCUUGUGACCAGUGGUUGUUAGGAUAAAGUAUAAUAUAGUCAAUGCCAGUAUAAACUAUGGUUAUAGGCCUAUGAAAAUGUCUUGUAAAUUUAGUCAAAGGUUAGUAACUGCAUUUUUAAUAUGUUUGAGGUAUAUCAAUUAUAACUAGAUAAAGGCUUAAGUGGACUUACCUGUAAAUAGAAACAUAUGUCUACUGAAUAAUUUAAGAUCAAUAUCAAGUCUGCCAGCCAGUACGUACAUAGAUAUAUAAGCCUUGAAAAAUUUAAAAGGUCAAAUGGCAUUUCUGGCCAGGUAGAAACAUGAAUGCUCUAAACAAUUUAACACCAAAUUAACUCUACACAUUUUAAAAAUUGUUUUACCAACCAAAAAAUAAACCUUUGACCACACUGA